AUGAAAACCAGUACUAUUCUCGCAUGCUGGGUGUCAGCUGCAUCUGCCGCCUUCGACUUGAAUCGUGGGGGUGCAGUACUCAAAGCGCCUCAAGGCGACUCGUUUGCCAGCGUAACAGGCACUUUCACAGUACCGAACUUAUCGGGUAGCAACCGACUCUCGAUCUGGGUCGGCAUUGGGGACACACUUGAACAGGAGAACGUACUCGGUGGUGGCAUCGUGUACAACAGUACGCUCAGAAGCUUCUCUGCAUACUUCCCCGGUCCGGUGACAGAUACCACUUCGACGGUUCCUGUUGCCAACGGUAAUUCUAUCACCGUGACAGUCAGCGUGGCUACUGCAGGGGGUACUGUGACGAUUGAGAACAAGACGCAGAACAAGAGGACAACACAAACACUCGCAGCUCCGAAUGGCGUGGAUCCGUCCUCUCUAACUGCGCUGGCGGCAAACUGGUUCGUGCAGGCAUACCAGGUGAUCCCAGGCCAGCUUGUAGCUACACCGAAUUUCGGAACAGUAUCGUUUACUGCAGUUUCGGCAACUACUAAGAGCGGCGCGAGUGUCCCGCUCUCCGGCGCAGGUCGAUAUGAGAUACAAGGAACCAGUGGACAGAUGUACUCGAAGACAACAGUAUCGAACACUGAGCUUACGGCGUCGCUCAAUUCGCUCGGCCCGCUCGCGUGGGUGAAGCUCAGCGAGGAGCAAGUAUGCUUCACCAUCAUACCAGAGCAGGGCACUCAAGUAUGGGCUGUCCUCUCUAUUGACUCCAUCUUUGAGACCAUCAGCGUGCAGUCAGCAGCGAACAACGUCAUCAACCUUGAAGUUCCGCUCACGUCAUUGAAUCGCGCUCUCAAGUCAGCCCUCAAUGCCACGUCGGCCCAAAUACGCCUCACCAAGAAGGACAACCUGCCCAUGCUUGCCCUCACCAUCGUCACCACGACCUCCUCGAACACGUACAGCGCCUUCCCUGCAGCCACAGCCAACAACGACGAUGGCUUCGACGCUGCCUUUGACAAUGAGUUCGGUGGAGGAAACCGCGAGACCAUUGUCACGCAGGAGAUACCCGUGCGGGUGCUUGCGCCAGACACUGUAGCGCAUCUGCAUGAGCCCGUCUGUAGAGAGCCAGACGUACACAUCAUACUGCCUCCUCUGAUGCAGCUGAAGAGCAUCAGCGACAGGUUCACCAAGCUCGCGCUGGCAGACACCAAGGCAAGCACCGCGACGACGGCAUCAAGGACACGACUAGAGGUUGCCGCCAAUAUGCACGGCUGCCUGAGGAUGAGGAUCCGAUCCGACGCCAUGAACAUAUCCUCCAUCUGGACCGAUCUUAGCAAUCCAGAACUCGACCCUGGCCACGUCGCUGGUGGAGAGGAUGGCGUAGCUGAACACCCAAGCACGCGUAUGAAGCAGCUGGGCACGGCGGACGGGCGUAGUGAAGAAGGCUGGGCUACAGUGAGGAUCGAUGGGCGUGACUGGGGUAAGGUCAUGAGUGUGGGUAGGCUGGGGGGACGAGUUAUCGCUUGCUUCUGUCAUGAGCAUGCACUCAUCCUCUACGUUUACCUACCCAACGACAAUGGCGAUGACGAGUCGGUCCUGACACUCCUACAGCGCAUAGCUACCUUCGCGCUCAUGUCAUCCUCACGAGGCACAAACUAG